ACACCUAAUAUCAGCUGAUGAUGUUUGUUUGUUGUUUGUUUCAGUACACCACUUCGUAGAAAUGUACAGAUAAAGUUACAGAUUGCAUUACAAGGGAUAAAGGAUUUGAGUUGUUUGUUGUUUUAUAAUAUGUUAUCCUUAAUAGGAAGUGUCCGAAGUCUGAUUUAUUAAGUUACUUAUCAGAAUGGAAGACAUACUCAGAGUACUAGAGAGACUACCAAAGUCCGAGGACCAUAGCAAACUAACCAAUCAAUUUUACAAAAAAUUCAGUGAAUAUCAAGUUGGUGACAGGAGUGAGAACGAAUACCUCUUUGAAUAUGUACUACCCAAAAUCAAUGAUUUACACAACAAAAACAUCAUCCGAAAAGACAUUCUGUAUUUGUCGCUACUUGGUUCAAACAAUUUGGAACUCCUUAAUAAGUGCAUGAAAUUCCACAAAAGGGUUCUAGAACUCGAUAUUGGCAGUCCAACGAAACUAUAUGACUAUGUUGUUUAUGAGAAACAGCAUUGGUUCAAGGAGUUCAUUGGCAGUAGUGAAAUUUCCAAAAUAUUCGAUGAGAAAAUUGUGAAUUUGGUACAAACGUUGAGGUUUAUCGAGUUGACUAAUUCCUCUGAUAUCUCUGUGGAUAAUGUAAAAAAUCUGCUGAACCAUAUCAACAAGGACAGGUUGCCCUUGUUUUGGCAGAGGUACAUGCAGCAGGUGAUCCACUUUAUUGGUAUUGUUGAAUUCUGCCAAAGAGAUUCUUCUACUGAAGCUACAAAUGAAGUUUUUACCUACUUAACAGAAAAUUCAACCUUUCAAACAUUUUCCCAUUUUCUUGAUAUAAAACAGUUCAACUGGAAUGAAAUACUACUUUGGCUACAACAAGAGGAUAGUCUCCUGUCUAGCAAAACACAGUCCACAAAUUUCAUUGCAUUCAGCAUUCUAGGACAUCUUCUAAACUGUCUCACAAAAACUCCAGGUCUGAACCUCAUUGAGACAGUAAAUAUCACCAAAACCAAUAUGCUGAACAUACAGGAUGCGAGUUUACAAAUAGAACUUCUCGAAAAUAUAUUUGCUCUGCUUUUUUAUGAGCAAGAGUCACGUCUUAUUUGUGAAAGAAAAGAAACACGACUUCUAAUUUUUUUAUUGAAAGAAAUUCUCGAAGAAAUCAAACUGAAAACCAUACUUGACAAAGAUUCAGAGGAAUUUUCAAAAUUAUUGUACUUGAACAAACUGGUAACUGAUGGAUUGUGGAGAAUGGAACUUAUUGAAGCAGUAAAAGGGUCUGAAAAGUGUGAAAAAUACCUUUUGAAAUAUAUGCUAUCUUCACCAGAAUCUCUUAUCCACAUGUGCUUGAAGCAAGGCGAUUUUGAAAGAUCAUUCCAAGUGAUGAAAAUAUUUACCCUUCAAAACCCCGCUUUGCCCUCCGAAAUAGAAUACACAGAAAGCCUCGUGAGCCUUAGAGAUUCUCUCAAGAAGAUUUUCAAAAUUAAAGCCAUCCACAAAGUGAACCCGAACAUAUCACUAGCCAACGUGGAGGUUUCUGUAGUCAAAACGACUGAACAGUUCUUUAAAAACCACCCCAUUAUCACUAGUACAGCGGUUGAAGGGUCAGUCAAUAAUCUAGUUGAUAAAUUUGGAUUCUUCAAACAUUUUCACUCAGAUAGCGAAACCUUUAUGAAUAUGUUGGAUUUAGCAAUUACUUUAUCACAAACUUCCGAAGACUGUGAGGCCAUGUUACAGCUCGCUUGCGAAAAUAACACUCUGGAUAACAGUGUGGUUUCUAGCUAUUCCAGGUUCUGUAAAAGACUCUUGGACGUAUGUAAGGAUAUAGGCAUUAGCAGAAAUAUACCUGCAGGGGAAAUCCUGGUGUCUCCGAAGUAUUCUAUGGAUUUGGGAAAGUACAAGAAAGAUGAGGAGUUUCGCGAGAAUUUGUCUGUUAUUUACGAUGAGUUGAUUGCUGAUCUGAAUCUCAAUGAAGCUGGAUAUUUGAACAGCAAGCACCUCAGUCACAGAUCCUUCAUAAAGUUGAAUAAACUCUGCACCGAGAACUUUGAAUCCUCUGUUGUUUCUGAAACGAGGACACCUUAUCUAUCCAAGCUGUACAACUACCUGAAGGCCUUCUCAAAGAUACUCUACAUUGAACAGAACAGCUCAGAUAUAAUUUCCAGAGGCAAGAAUACUUCCUUCUUUGACUUGCUUUACCACAAUCGAUCGGAGCUUAUGGGGAAAUUGCUGUUCGAAAGAAAUCUGGAUCCGAGCGAAUUUGAGAAGUAUUUCGGCAAGUUAAAACUGGAUUACUUAUACCACGUUGUUGGGAAUUGUUUUCCCACAAUAAACCUCCACACUGAGGAAAACCUCGCUAAAGACGAGCUCUAUCCAGAGAAUAAUCUAUACACCCCUAGCAAAAGCAUAAUAUCUUACAUCCAGAAGCGAAACUGGUUACUGGCGUUCAUCCUGAAUGAGAUGUACAGGGUGGAAGGCGUGAAAGUCGACAUCAGCGAAGUUAGAGUAAAGGUAUUCUUGAACUACUUGAAGCUUCCCGAAUGCUCGCAAUUGAAGUCGCUUUAUAACAACAACCUGAUCAUCACAGCGUUGCAAAAUGAAAUAAGCGCUCAGAAAUUGUCCGAUUAUGCAAAUUCCCUCAUAGCGAGACAAGAUAUGAUGUGUUCGCUCCAUAGCUCUGUUGACAGUUUUGAGACUGGAGAGGAACUUCUUGAGGAUACUUACAAGUCCACGAAUUGGAGGGAGCUCUACGAUUUGGUAAGGUGCGUUCCAGAAAAUCAGCUUACAAAGAAUAAGGCUUUCUCUAACUUGAAAGAUAUGAUCCUAACCAACUUGAUUCAGGAUGGGUUGACGGAAGAGUUUUUUAAGUAUGUGUUCUUCAUCAGCAACAGGGAUUUGAGAAUAGGUAUCAUUUUGGAUCACAUGAAGGAAUGGCCGGGUGAAUUUUGUAUGGACGUUAUCAAGUCAGAAAUCACCAAGUUCGAAGCGGUGCAAGACGGAAAGUUGGUCGAGUUGAAAAUGUGGCUUCUGCAAAUCGAUUUAUGUGAUAAGUUGAAGAUUAUUUUAGAAGUGGAAACUUGGUAUGAAGCUUACAAAAUGUGUGAAAAUGAGAAGGAUUCUGUACUUAUCAAGUUGCUGGAAUUCAGUGAGAUAAACCUUCUACUGGACUUCAUUUCCCUACACUCCCCAGAUGAAGAGCUGCUACAAAACAUUGACGAGUGCUACUUGUUUAGAAUUUUCCAAAAUUCGGAUUCUUUUGAACCUGUCAAACUCCUAUUGGACGCCCUCCCUUUCAACUACGCCAUCAAAAAUUGCUACAGCCUUCUAAAACUCCUAAGACAUCUUGAUCACUUAAAACAGGUCACGGAAUACCUAGUCAGCAACGUCAGUGACGAUUCGUUGAAAAACGUUCAGGUGAGUCUCAAAAUAUUGUCUGCCUUUACACACACCGAGCAAGAUCAGUUGCUGUGCCUGAUUCGUGAUCCGGUCGGUAUCAUCGAGAUCCUGGUCAUGAAUAUGAAACUGGACAAGCUUGCGUCUGUGUUGAACAUUCUGAAAUCCGAAAUUUUGCACGCCGAAUUCAGCGAGGACAGAAUUUGUGUGGAGAAAAUCGAUGAAGUGCUCCGGACAUACGCAGAGAAAAGCUUAGAUUUCCGCGUAAUCACGCAGCCAAACCCGAGACUGCUGCGCACACCUGAAUACAAGCUGCUGCAGUCUUUUGACUCGCUUCUGUUAGGAGCCGAUCCGAGAGGGUUUGUGAUGCCUGAUGAGGUACCCCAGAAGGCUGAUUGGUUCCCAAACAGCGAAGUUUUGGAGUGCAUGUGCUGCCAGAAGGUUGCUUUUUCUAUGUUCAAUCGCAGGCAUCAUUGCAGAAGGUGCGGGAGGGUGGUGUGUUGGAGCUGUUCACUGCAUAGAAUGUUGGUGCCUACCUAUGGAGAUAUUUUGGUCCGAGUGUGUUCAAGUUGUUACCACCAAACUGUGGGAAGCAGUAAUAACUCGGAAGUUAAUGAUACUAUGUCGACAAAAUCCAUAGUCUACGAUUAUUGGUUGCUGACCGACGAUCCUGAUCAUAAUAAAAUCGUCCGAGAGGAAUUUUCAUAUGAACACGCUCCGAGCGUCUCGCUUUGUCUGUCACUCAUGAAGUAUCAUUCCAAAACAAUUGAAUAUCCCAAGUUUCUCUUGGAUCAGUGCCAUUCUAUGCUCAAAUUACUUCUCCCAAGCCAAGAGCCUACUCAGGAAAUCGAUUACUUUCUGGUCAUCAAAAUGCUGAAAUCGCUCGCCAUGGCUGCAAAAAUGUCUUCCAUCGAAUGUACUUUGCACCAUGGAACCUCUCUUGCAGAUCGUAUACUAUCUCAAGCCGAUCUUCUUAGUUUGCUUGCUGAACGUGGUUGUCUCAACCUUCUGCCAGUUACGAAUUCCCUUUCACAAGGUCCAUACAUAGAUGCUUCAGUGUUGAGACGUUUGAGAGAUAGACUUCUAGAGCGGGAACAGUGGAAUUUAGCUCUUGAAGUAUCGACAAAGGCUGGAUUGGAUAAUACAGGUGUUUUCGCUGUGUGGGGUAAAAGCUGCCUGAAAGCUGGAAGUUUAUCUUUAGCAAGAGAAAAGUUUCAGCGUUGCCUAGACAAAACCGGCCAUUACGAGAGCUCAAACGAUCACAGCAUGACUGAUAGUACCGAUAACCUCACUAGAAGCAGAAAUAUGUCCAAAACCUCCAAUCUGAGCUCUCUAUCCGAAACGAAACCUUCGAAAAAUCCGCCGCUAGUGAAUGAAAUCAUCAACAUUUUGGAAUCUAACACGAGAAUCAUCGAUCCGGAUGUGAUGAAGGAAGCCGAUAAGCAAAAACUUUACGGCUCUACUCUUACUUUGGACAAGUCCAUCAGCGCUUAUUGUUCUGCAGAUCCGGCGAUUUGCAUCAUGAACAAGUUGAAGAACUUGAAGAAUAUUUCAGUUGGAAACUACUACCAGUCAAGUGAUACUGAAAUGAGGGAUUCAUCUGUAGAACCUCCAAUCCACCGAAUGUUUUACGAUGAGUGUGUGUAUUAUUUGAGCAGAUAUGGUAGUCAUGCAGGUCUCUUAGAAUUUUAUGUGAAGCAGGGAGACUUUAGUGAGGCUCUGAACUACAUCAUCGACAAUCAGCUCAGCGGUGAUGUAUUCAUUGAUAUUUACAUGAAGUGUUUGGAGGAUGGGAUCAUCGGGAUGUUACAGGACCAGAUGUCCAUGAUCGAUUCGACGUUGGAUGUUUGGAAGGACUAUCUCCUGAAGAUCUGCAGACAUUUAGAGAAACAGAAUAUGUGGCACUCUCUCUAUCAGCUACAGCAGUUCAUGGGAGACUACAUCAGAGCAGCUAUGACAUGCAUUCAUUUCUAUCGAGAGAAUGCUAUGAACUUCAAUGACCUUUCAAGCAAUGCUCAUUUUUUGAUCGAAGCGGAAGACCACUUGAAAUAUGGUUUGGAACAGGAGCAGUGGGUUGAAGUUGCUUCAGUUCGAAGAUUAAGUUCUGCUUCGCAAGCGAGUUUUGAAGAGAAAGGCAUCAUAAACUUGUCAAUGGUUAUGAAGAUCAGUAAAAAAGACGUUAACAAACAUAUCAACACUAUUGAAAGGCAAAACGAAGUGGUAGCAUUUUUGGCAAAAUGCGAAAACGCUGAAGUUAAACCAGUUAAAAUCUUAAAGGAUAUGAAAAAAACAACCGAAGAAUCAUCUGAGACUACAGAAAUCGAGAAACCCAAAAUUCCUACCUUAUUUGGAAGUAUGCAGGAAAAACUAGAGCUGGCUGUGUUGGCCAUCGUAUGCGGAAAAGAUGUUUCUGACGGGUUUAAUAUCGCUUUAAGGAUAAUUCAAGAUUAUUUUUUGAAGCCAGUGAAAGUAUAUUGUGAGGCAGGCAAGCAGCUAGCAAGAGAAGAAAGAUAUAAUGGCAUCGGGCAAUUAGUUAGCUGUAUAAAACUGAGUGGAGGUUCCAAAGAUGCAGCUGUAACGGACAUGUGCGAUGAAAUGCUGACCCAAGCUGUCGCUACUUUUACAAAAGCGAACAUGUCUGGCACAAAAGUGGAGGACCUCAUCAAGUUGAUUUUCGACAAGGCAACUAAGAUAUCGGCGUAUAUCGAAGCGAAACAGUUGAAAACCGCCUAUUUUCUCGCUGUGAAGUACAAACGUAUGUCUGACAUAAGGAGGAUACUAAGAGAAGCCGAACUUUUGAAUCAACCUAACAUUAAAGCUCUCUGCCAAAAAAUGUUACAUUCUCAUUCGCAUACACCCUCGCACACCAAAGAAUAGAUUUUUAUAUCUUGAAAAGGAAUGAAGCAGUUUGAAGAACAUUCUAGAAGAUGUAUCAGAGAGAUUAUUUUCGAUCAAAGAUAAUUGUUCAGGAAGAAUGCUUGUUUUCUGAGAUGUUACCUAAAACUACCCAUAUAAUGUGAUUCAACAGAAACAAAUUACAAUGGUAGUUUGACUCUAAAAAUCUUUAUAGUUUCAAUAUAUUUUUCUAUAGUUUAUAUAUCCUUAUAUUAUAUUCUAUUCAUUGUAUGUAUAAUUACAUUAGCUGUGACAGUGGCUGUGAAUCUCAUAUUUUUAUCUUUUAUCAAUAAAAUGUUUAUUAUACCAG